AUGACAUUAUUUUAUAGUGGUGAUAAAAACGGUAGACACAUAAAUCGAGUGGGUUUUCUAGUUAGUGAACUUUUACUACCCCAUGUAAAGCAUUUUGAACCAGUAAGCGACCGAAUAUGCUACAUGCACAUAGCUGAUAAAUCUGGUGACCUAAUAUUAAAUUGUGUGUAUGCCCCCACUGAAACAGGACCCAAUGAUGAAAAGGAGGUGUUCUACGAAGAACUAGAAAGGACGUAUGAUAAAUUUCCAAACCACUGCUCAAAAAUAUUGUUAGGAGAUUUCAAUGCCCAAGUUGGAAAUGAGACAAUGUACAAACCUACGGUUGGAGGAGAAAGUGCUCAUGAUAUUAGAAAUGGAAACGAAUGA